ACAAAGCAAAGAAAGUCCUAUUUCUAACUAAACAUUGCAGAUAGGUCCUCCGAUUUUACCAUCCUCGGACAACAAUAAUCCUCACCUGAGGCAUUUUAUUUCCUUCCCAACGGACAAUCCUCCUACUUCCGGCGAGGGAUUUGAUUGAGAAAAUGGCGACGGAGGAGCGGCAAAGACAGUGGCGGUGCACCGGCGAGAGAGAGGGGCAACGGCCCGAGGCAGGGGAGCUGAGGCCUGAGGGAGUGAAAUUUACGAGAGAACUCUCCACUGGGCUCAACCUCGUGACCAUUUUAAAGACACAAGAUGCAGCCCAAUAGGUUUACAAUUUCAUGGGCCCAGGUCCAAUGGCACCGAGUUGAUUUUAUUCUCCGACUCUGACUGAGUGCCACAUGAAGGCCAUGAUUCUCGUCUCUCGAUUAACGGUGGCGGAACAUAUAAAUGUUAGGGUUUUUCUAAACGGAGCAAAGCUUAGCUGAGCGCCGGAAAGGGAGAGAAGAGGAGCGAAGAAGAAUGGGCGGGGCGGUGAAGGACUUGCAGUCGAAGGCGGAGCUCGAAGGAUUGCUGAAGACCGGAGCGCCGGUGGUUCUGCACUUCUGGGCUGGGUGGUGCGAUGCUUCCAAGCACAUGGACCAAGUCUUUUCCCAUCUCUCCACGGAUUUCCCAGGCGUCAAUUUCCUAAGGGUUGAGGCUGAGGAGCAACCCGAGAUAUCUGAGGCUUAUUCUGUUUCGGCUGUGCCCUAUUUCGUGUUCCUGAAGGAUGGAAAGACUCUCGACAAGUUGGAAGGUGCAGAUCCUUCCAGUUUGGCUAACAAAGUUGACAAAAUCGCGGGCUCAGUUAAUCCUUCAUAUCCUGCUGCUCCUGCAAGCCUUGGAAUGGCUGCUGGCCCCACUGUGCUUGAAACGGUUCAAGAGCUUGCUAAAGAACAUGGAUCAACUCAAUCUAUCAUUCAGAAAAAACAACCAGCUACGGGUGAUGCCUUGAGAAAUCGACUCCAAGAUCUGAUUGAUUCCCAUCCGGUCAUGCUGUUCAUGAAGGGAAACCCCGAAGCUCCACAGUGUGGGUUUAGCAAGAAAGUUGUUAACAUACUGAAAGAAGAGAAUGUGAAGUUUGGUACUUUCGAUAUUCUAUCAGACAAUGAGGUCCGCGAGGGAUUGAAGCAGCUCUCCAACUGGCCUACGUUCCCACAGCUCUAUUGCAAAGGCGAACUUCUAGGAGGGUGUGAUAUAGCAAUUGCCAUGCAUGAGAAUGGGGAAUUGAAAGAAGUCUUCAGAGAUCAUGGAAUUGAUACGGGUACCGGGACAGCAGUCAAGGGUGGAGGAAUCACAGAGUCUACUGGUCUUAGUGCCAUCCUUGACUCCCGACUUGAGAGCUUGAUUAACUCGAGUCCAGUCAUGCUGUUCAUGAAGGGAAACCCCGAAGAACCCAAAUGUGGCUUCAGUCGCAAGGUGGUGGAAAUCCUUAGAGAAGAAAAAAUCGACUUUGGCAGUUACGACAUUCUGACUGAUGAGGAGGUACGCCAAGGGCUUAAAGUUUAUUCGAACUGGUCAAGCUACCCUCAACUGUACAUCAAAGGAGAGCUCAUAGGGGGGUCAGAUAUAGUGCUUGAGAUGCAAAAAAGUGGAGAGCUUAAGAAAGUUUUGUCUGAGAAAGGUGUGAUAAUUACACUGGAAGACCGUUUGAAGCAUCUUGUUUCUUCUUCACCUGUGAUGUUGUUCAUGAAGGGCAACCCGGAUGCUCCAAAAUGUGGUUUCAGUUCCAAGGUUGUGAAUGCUUUGAAAGAGGAAGGUGUAGCUUUCGGGUCCUUUGAUAUCUUGAGUGAUGAAGAAGUGAGGCAGGGCCUGAAGGCGUUCUCGAAUUGGCCAACUUUUCCACAGCUUUAUUACAAGGGAGAACUAGUUGGAGGUUGUGACAUUGUCCUUGAACUGCGGACUAACGGGGCGCUGAAAUCGAGCUUGUCCGAGUAGAGAACUAGUUUAUACGUGUCUUUGGUCUCUUGAGUUGAUUGUGAAAGUCUGAGUUUGUUUUAAACAAAGUCAUAUAGAACCUUGGAAGUUGGAUCACUGCCUAAUGUAGUCCCAUGGUUUCUGUCCUUAGGUGAACCAGUGUGUGUGUUGUUCCUGGUUAGACUUCUGGUCAUUUCUGGAUUCGCUGCUGCUAUGCUUGAACUUCAACAUGAUUGUUAACGUACAUGACAAGUUUCAUCCUUUUGACAUCUUUCAGUUGUUAUUGUCGAAUCUCGCCUAUUAGCUUGUAGUAGUCAAUUCAUAGGGUAAUCCAUCCUUGAAAAUCUAUCUGCCAAACAAUAAUGGUUUAAACUUAUCUCUUCUCUUACGAUGAUUUCAUCUCAAAAAUCUGUCACUCAAAAAUGGAUUCUCAUAAGACAUUAUUUAGAGUAUUGCUUAAGAACUAUUGGAUUGGAAUUUGCUAAUUUGUGCAAGAAUGCAAGACCACUAGGGUGAGGUUUCAUAAGAUAAACCAAAUAUUAAAAACUAUUAAUCAAUCGAAAUCCUUGUCAUAUUAUUGUGAACAAAGUUAUUGAUAAUAAUACAUGAAUGAAAAAAAUCAUCAAAGCGACGAUUGCAAAAAGUUGCCAAUUGAAUAAAAAAAGUCAUAUAAAAGCAACUUCUUUGUCACCAUUGGCAACUUAAUUUGUCAUAAGAUUGACAAGAGAAGCCUAAACCCUUCCAAUUAGACCCUAAUUCUAUGCAAGCUUAAAUCAACCAUUUUUAAAACUCCAAAAGUUAAAGGGUUUCAUUUUCCCCCUCUUUUGGAUAAACAACAAAUAAACUUAUUUUACACUAUAUGCAACUAAUUCUACAUUAACUUUAGCAAAUCCUUCCAUUUUUGACAUGUUGGUCGUUGCUAUUUCCCAUGUAGUGACCCACAAAGUCCAACAACUUCACUUUCAGAUCUUUGAACUGAGCGAUUUGGGUUUGUAACUCCAGCUUCUCCUUCCUCAAAUUCGAGUUCUCUUCUACUAGCUGCAUACGUUGGUCGUGAUUGAGACUCUGUCUAUCUUCUUCGUUUGAGUUAGUUGCUGCCUUCAAAUACGAAGGGUAAACACUGGGCUCACACCUCUUGCGAGUUAUCUCCAUGAGCAUUUCUCGAUUGCCUCUCUGGAACUUCUCGUGUUUGAACUCCCAUCUUUUCGAUGAUGUCUUCUUGAAUCCCUGUAGCUCAUCACAUAACAAAUCGAAAGUUCGAAUAAUGGAUCUAUCUGUACAAUUUCUAUUUAGCGUACUUCUCUCAAAUGAGUAUUUGAGUAUGCGUUCAUAAUGAGAACCUUCCAUCAAAUAAAGGUAAAUCGUAGUCGUCGUUAUUGUCAAUUAUAGUUUGUCUACUAGUAUUAAAAUUUAUAAAAAUAAUCCUCCUCCCAUAAGAUCGAUAGCAUGAACUAAACACAAAAAUUUGAUCAACAAAAGCGUUGAUAUCAUAUGAUCUAAGAUCAUAUCCAUGUGGUUGGAGUCAUUGAAAUUGGUCAAUAUUCUACUUACAAAUUAAAAAUAAAAUAAGGUGCUACUUGCCAAAUUGCCAUGUGACGGAUUUUACCUUGGAGAGAUCAAUUUGCAUGAAAUGUUUGGAAACUAAUGCACGAGGGAAAUUUAUUAGAAGCUUCAUAACAAUUUCCCACCAAGUCAUAACACAUGUGAUAUUCCACCUACAGUUUGAUUAUGUUGACUUAAUACUUUCUCCGACUUUGAAAUUUAUCAUAGAUUAAUUGCAAUUUGAAGACAAACUGUCCACAUUCACAUUGGUACUCUGCUAUAGUGAGAAGUAACAUGAUUUUUAUGAUAUCUUAAUUAGCAUAAUUUUUUUUAAUUAACCAAAAAAGAGAAAAAAAAGAUAUCGAUCAUGUGAUGAGUUUAAAAAGUCAGUUAAACACUUGCAACCAAGAUUUUUCACACAGAUUUGAUGUCAUUGUUUAAUAAUCGACUAAAAAGUCG